UUUAUUUUUAUCCCCAUAUAAUAUCGUGGCUGAACUCCCAGUAGACAUUCCUCAAUCUUCAAUGUCGACAUCUACUCUAUCGCCAGCGUUAUGGCUGUAAAAAUUGAAAAUUGAAAACGAGCAACGAUUUAAUUAUUCACGCAAUGAGCCAGCGUUUUCAACGGACAAAAGAAGAAGAGGAACUCAAUAUCUGUGGCGACGAGUGAAAAUGGAACUCGUGUGGUCAGACCGUAAACGUCAUGUGUCGAUCACUCUUCACUACUCAUCAUUGGAAAUCGAUCGUCUGUCAGCAUCGGCAAUCUUCGAGAGUGAUCGAGUGCAUAAUUUAGUACACUCGAACACUAAGAAUACAAGUACUACAAUGGGUAUCGAUCCACAUAUUACCAGUGCUGAUUGGCCGUCCUCGUUUUACAAUAGUUUCAACCCCAAUAAAAAAAACGUACAAAUGAUGCAGACGUUCAGUCGAUUCAUCAUUCAUUCUACCCCUCAUCAGUGCCGAGUGUCUUUAAUAUUUCGGUGUCAAUCUUCAAAGUUUCUCAUAUCGAAUGCGCACAAGGAAUCGCCAUCUCAGUGAUUAACUUGAGAAUAAUCAGAUUUAAUAAUUUUUUAAUACUCGCUCAUAUCAAUUAAAAAUGUCCGGAGAUGUGCCGCCCUCUCAAAUGCCUUUGGAUACAAAAUGGAAACACGUUCCAACGACAGUUUAUGAUCAGAACUAUGGAUUUGGCAUAAAUUAUUAUCAACCGAUGAUCGAUUACAUCGAUCAAAAGGAACAGAAAAUUGUGAAGAAUCCACAAUUACCGGAAUUGCCCUGGUCGGAUGGACGAUUUCUCUGGGAAAAAAAAAGAAUUUUACCGUACAGUACUGAGGAACUCAGGAGAUAUGCUUUUGGAGCUGAAGAACAAGCGAAGGAACAUUUAUCGCACUUUAAGAUAGCAAAACGCUCGGACUUUAGCCUGAAGAAGGCAGUGGAAGCGACACACGUAGCGAGAGACAUUGAAUCCGGAGUAGAGGCAGCUGUUAAAAUACGAGAACAGACUAUUCCCCUGGACGCAUCAAUGGCUGAUCUCAGUGUUCAAGCAGUUAGAAAUUUUCAGAGGAUAAAACAUGUGCAGGAGGCAUUGGAUCAUGCUAAAAGUCUCAGAGGAAAAUCUGCUAAAGCUAUUGAAUAUGAAUUGAAAACUGAGAGUAUGAAGAAUCUGUCCAAUACAACGGAAAUUUCGGAUAUCAGAAAGUAUCAGAGACAGACCAUGCAGGCACUGUGGGAUGAGCGGGACCAUGUGAGAAUGAUGGAGGAUAGGAGUAGACUGCUACAGGAGGAAGAUGCGAGACUUACUCAACCUCUUGACGAGCUUCAGCACGAUCUUAAGGCACUUGAGAUCAAAUCCAGCACCUAUUUCAUUGAUAAGAGGUAGUUCUAUUAUUGCAUGAGGUAUUCCAUAUUAAACGAGUCAACGAUUGACAUUAGCCCUUUUGAAAAUGAAAUUUGAACUAUCAUGAUGGUAAAAUAAAGUAUAAGCAUUGGCGAUCUUUCUUUAAAAAUCUUUAAAUAUUACUUUUGUUCAUGAAU